GCGAAGUUUCGAGCUGACCUUAGCUAGUGUGAAACCGAGCUCCAAAAGGUCUCGGAGGAGAGGAACGCUCUGAAGCUUCUUUAUGGCCAAAAGGACAAAACUAUAAAGGACCUUCAAGCGGAUUUGGCCAAGGCUCAUGAGAAAGAGGCCGAGCUAGAUAACUGCAGCAAAAGGUCGAAAGGAUCGAGCUGCUUCGGGGAGAAGUCGAUCAGGUCAAGGCCGAUUGUGAUCGGUGGAAGGAGAAUAUGGACCGCCUGGCUGCGAAAAAAGAAACUACCUUGGCCAAACUGUCAUCGGUCGAGGUUCAACUUUGAGGCAUUAAAGAGAAAAGUUCGGACCAAGCCAAGAGGAUCGAGGAGCUUGAAACUGAGCUUGUUGAGGCCAAGGCGGAGAUCGAGAAGACCAAGGUCAUGGUGGACAAGUCCAUUGCCAUGUACAGGGCCGAUGUUGAGGCUGCUCAAAUGCAGCUAAGGGAGGCUUCUGAUCGAGAGCGAUGGAUCAUUGACUCGACAAAGUGUCAAUCCCGGAAGGAAACCCUCAAGAAAAUCUAUGCUCGAGGUUUUGACCUCUCCGAGGAGAUAGCCCGAGCCAAGGUGCUUGAAGCUGAAGCCAGGCAACUUGCCUCGUUCGAUGACGAAGACGAUGAUGAAGAAGGCAGUCGAGGAGGAUCCGAUGAGGGGCCUGAAGGAGAAGUUUCUCCCGUAGAAAAGGUCGAAACCGACCGUAGUUAG